AGGCAAUUCGAUUUUUAGAAUUAACAAAUGUUAUGGAAUCAGUUAUAGGCAAUGAAGAAAAACGUGGAAUAUCUGGGGGACAGUGUAAACGCGUAAAUAUUGGAAUGGAACUUGAUGAGCCGACAUCAGGUUCAGAUUCAGUGACUUUAUUUGAAGUUUGUUCACUUUUAAAAAAUGUCGCGCACCAACAAGAAUUAACUGUGUCAGCAGUUAUUCAUUCACCUUCGCCACAAACAUUCAAUACAUUUGAUGAUCUUAUGCUGUUAUCUAAAAAUGUAAUAUUGAUUAAUGGAAAUGAUGUUAGUGAGACAAAUACAUUUAUUGAUAGUUAUAGUGAAUCAUGUCAUAUGAAAAUAGUAAUGGAAGCAGAAAUAAAGUCAUCGUCACGAUCUUUCCCUCCAUCUCCACUGCCACCUCCACAAUCAUUGCCAUCACCACUACAAAAAAUUCAAAAUUAUCAUCAAUCAUUACGACAAACACCAAAUAUUUUCCUGGUUUUUAUAUUAUUGCUGAAACGAUCUCUAUCACAAGUUUAUAGAAACAAAACACGAUUUGUGAUUGAUCGGUUAUUAAAUUUUGUUCCUGGUACAUUUCUUUCAGCAGCCGUUAGUAACUUCACAUAUAUCGGUGCUCCACCACAAGAAUUACGUUUGGUUACGCCAUUUGUAAUGCUCCCAAAUUGUCUAUCACUGUCAGGUUCUUUACAAAAUAUUGCCCUAUAUAUGAUUUUGGGACUUACAUUCUGUGUAAUUUAUGGUAAUAUAUUAAAAAAAAUGUUUAAUCAAUUGAAAUCAUUAGGUAGUGGUUCAACAUUUGGUUAUCUGAUCUGUAUUGGAAUUAAUCCAAGUUUAAUAAAAAUUAAAUCUAAUUCAAAAUAUGCAUGGGCACGUUGGUUAUGGGAAAUUUCAGCACAAAGAUGGGCAAUUGAAGCAACAUAUUUAAAAGAAAUUGGGACAAAAGU